AUGGGUCGAGGUAUCGAGCGCGUGGAAGGGCGUCGCGUGGCGGCGUUUGGUGAGCAGGCAGUUGUGAUGUCGACUUGCGUGCUCGAGGAGGGGCACGAUGAAAGCGACGGCGACAGUGGCAGGAGCGAGGAAGAUUUGACCGUUGAAGUGUUGCCGGAAAGGCCGCGGCGCGAAGUUCUUGUCAGUGCUCGCGGAAGACGCGCGUGCUCAGAGCAGGGUCCACACCCGUCCCAGCUUUAUAUGCAUGGCUCACCCCAUCUGUGGGGUACCAAUAGCAGUCGACGGGGUUGGAGUAGAAAAAGGACUUCGGCCCCCCAAAUGGGAAACACUCAAGGUUCGAUGCCGCGUGUUGCGCUGGUGCUGCGGUCGCGUCGCAGUUGGCCUGUCGCACCGCAAUCAUACCGCAGG